AAGGCGAAUAUUAUUGCAGACACUGAACGCUGAGCGACUAUUCAACCGCUAAAUUUAAUUCGGUUUCAGUCAGGAUCGACUUCCUACGAUGCUCGUGUCAGCGCAUGCGCAGUAGAUCGCCGAAAGUAUCGCUGAUCGGAGAGAACGAGGCGCAGAUGAACGGCUCGAUCGACGGCGCGAGACGCGAUGAGGUAUAAUGUAAUGAUCCAUAACCAGUAAAGACAUGGAUGAAGUGUUGGAUCUUUGACAUUUUAUGCAACCCAGGCUAUUCGUAACAUUGUGAGAUGAAAUGAAUACCUCAGACUUCUUUGGACUGGAAAGUCGUUUUUCCUAUUUAAAAAUGUGAGCCAGAGAUUCAAUAUCCAAACUCUUCCUGGGAUGACUCCGAGUCAAAACCAUUGGUCUCACAAAUCUACUAGUAAAUAGAGGCCAGAGGAAAAGAUCAGAUAUGACGGAUGAGCUGAACAUGGCGUCAGCUGAAUCGGAGACGAUGAACCCGGAAGAGACUGUGCCGGCCCUCUUGAGUGAGAAUCAUCCGAUUGGAGCCGAUGAUGUUCCCGCCGUUGAGGAAAAUGCUGAGUGGGACGACAUGCCUGGAAUAGUGACGGUUGAGUUGCCACCUGAUUGGCUGAAGCCAAUGGAAGAGGACGAAGAUGGUGUUGAGAGUGUCCGGAGCAUUCCGAAAGUAAAACGACGCAGAGGUCGACCUCCGAGUGCCAGAAAUGUUAGACAAGGACUUACUCGUUUAGAUUUCAAGAAAGGAUUACACAUGGAUCGCACUAGGAGAACUAAGAGUGUUCUUUCCCAGCUGGAAAUGACCAAACGUUCAAGUCUCUCAUCAGGAACAGCCACUCCCCUCCCAGACCCAACCCACACGCCUGAAGUUUUACCCAGAACAAUCCAGAGCAUCAUUCACAGCUCGACAUCCACACCCCAGAGACCCCGACUCACCCCCUGCUCGCCUGCAGGAGUCGGCAGCCUCUCCAACACACCCAACGCAGAGUUUAACAGCCCCCCGCGCCUCACCAGAGUCUCGCCGCUCAAUAUCGACACAUCCAGGACUCGGGAUUUCAUCCACUCUCCUUCAGUAAAAGUGGGGAAUGUUUCCCAACAGAUAGUCAGUUCCUCUAGCGAACCUGGGAAAGACGGCGCUGAGCUGCCCCUUCGACUCUGGCUUUAUCCAUCUCUGGAGCCCAUUAGCCCUACACAAACUCAGGAUGCACUGAUCUCAGAUCAGACUGUAAUUUCGCCAGAUUUUCCGGAUUCUAGGCUUAAUGGAACAAUGGUGCUGAAGGAAAGCCAUCCAAUGCUCAGUAAAUGUGAAAACUGUGGCUCCCCAUUUUCUGCUCAGAAGCCUGGAGACACGUUGUGCUUCAGAUGUAGGCCUAAAUCAGAGAAGAAGUACUCCCCUCCAAACAUUGUGUUUAGGAAGGUGGGGCAGGAUCAGUGGGAGGUUGGGAAAACAAAACAUCCAAGAAAACAAAUACUGAAACCACGUCCCAAAUACAAGAAAAUUGAAACAAAGGAUUUUGCCCCUGAUGGUGGUGAUGAAGAGGAUUGGGCUCAAAAGAAACGGAAUCGCCGAAUGUGUCGGCAGUGUGUCGCAUGUCUUCGUGAAGACGACUGUGGCAAAUGCGACUUCUGCAUGGACAAGCCCAAGUAUGGCGGCAGUAACAAGAAAAGGCAGAAAUGUCGCUUACGUCAGUGCAAGUUUGAGUCAAAGCUUCAUGGUCAAAGUGCACAUAGAAAGCUGAAUCCGUCCCUUCCACAAAGAAGAGGAAACGUGAAACCCAAGCUCAAGAGGCGUGGGAGACCAGCAAAAAAGCGGAAAUUCAGAAGCAAACCCUGGGAGGAUGAUGACGAUGAUGAUGAUGAUGAUGAAGAUGAAGAUGAAAUGUCUGAUAAGGAUAAUGACGAAGAAGUGAGACCGUAUAAAAUGAAUGGCUCCAAGGCCAGAGGAAGGAAGAAAUGGAACUACAGUUUUAAGGAAGAGGACGACGACAUGUUCAUUGAGGCCGUGAUUGAGGAUGACGAACCAUCCAACAUAGAAGAGGAUCCUGAUAUUUUGGGCAAUGAGAGGUCAAUGAUGGCGUCUAAUGUGAUGUACUCAAACACCUCUGGACUCGGUGCUCAGGGAUUAUACUACAACAUGUCAGGCAUGCCGGUGGCGCCUCAUAUGCUUGGAUCAGUACCUAUGUGCAACAACAAUCAGAUGCCGCUGGGUGAGGUCAUCGGUUCUUUGCCGAUGGGGGAUGAUGCGACUCAGAAUGGUUUUCUUCAGAUUGAGAUGGUGAGAGUGGGGUCACCACCAUCACAUUUCACAGAAGAACCACAGAACACACAACAGCACGUGUUAGAACAUCAACAGGAGGCCACGCCGAUGAUCACUCAGAUCUUCAGUCUGGCGGCAGCAGAGAGCGACUGCGACCGAGACCAAGGCCUGAUGGAGCUGUUCACUUCCCUAGGCCAGACCGUGCUGCCCGCUCACUGGGUGUGUGUAAUGGCCAAAGGCCCCGUCCUCCAGCUCCUGCAGUGCUCCAAGCUCUCCACCAUGGCUGACACCAUCGUCCAGAUCGAGAAGGGCUUCUUCUACCAGGUCAUUGUUCAGAACCAGCCUCUCCUGCUCAUGCACGCCGUGUACUCGCGCCACCCCACCUGCCUCGAGACGCUCGAUCAUGUGGUGUCGCUCCUGCUAGACCUGGAAGGGCUGGGUGUGUGUCAGGGCUACCAGAGCCCCGACAUGGGUUCGCCCUGGGAGCCCAGAAUGUGCGUCCGAGCGGCUCUGUGCGAUUUGCUCAUUUCCAAGGAUGAAGAACAUUGUGUGAAAUGCUCGCAGCCUGUGGAGGGGUGAAUUAUCUUCCACGAGAAUUUACUGUAGUUUUUGGAAAAAUCCUCCACCAGUUUUUAAGCUUAUAGUGCAGUUAGAGCUGUUUCCAACUUACGGAGCCCCACAAAUGACAUAAAUCGUGGCCACGUUCAACUAAUACGUUCCCUGGUUUUGAUUGAACUAAAACAAGGGAACGAAUUGUUACAAUGCAGCCACGAUUUAGUAAAUCGGGGAACGAAUUAUACCGUGUGCACGAUUUUCUUAAAACAAGGGAACGGAUUAGUAAAACAUGCUGACGUAUUGGCAA